CGCGCCGCCGGCCGCCGCCGCAGUCCUCGCGCGCAUGUAUAGUCGCACGUACACGUGUUCCACCGUCGUCGAACCGCUAUUGUUUGAACAAUUAUUAUUUAUUGUUAUUAAGCUUGUUUUUUUCGCUGUUUCGUGUGUUGUGUGGGGAUCUUUAAAUUUAAAAAUUAACAUUAUUAUUAGUAAAAUAUAUAUAUAUACGUAUGCAUAAAUCGUCAAUUAAACGGUUUCGCCAUCGCCUAUCCAGAGGAUAACAUUAUUUUUGAUUUAUUAUCUUUCCCAUCGAUUGAUUUUAUUUUGAUUUUAUACCAUUAAGAUACCGCGUUCCGGAGUUUUUUUUCGCGCGACGUGUUUUACACUUAUUUCAUUUGCCAUUAGUUCGUCAUCGUUAUAAUAUUAUUAAUUUGCUGUCGAGGCGAUAAAAAAAUAAUUAUUUUUUUCGGUUCUUUUCGCGUUUCGAGCACACAACUGUACAGCACAUCAGACGCCACCGUUUUCGACUCAUAUCGUAGAACUGUAUAAAUGUGCCGGACGCGCGUCAAUUGCGGACUAUGAGCUGCACAGAGGUUAUGUAUCAGGCGUAUUAUCCGUAUUUGUAUCAGAGGUCUUCGGGCGCGGCCGCUCCACCGACCAGAGCGCCGCACCACCAUUUCACGCCGUUCACCCAUCAAUAUGAUCGGUUAAGAGCAUUGGAGACCCAUCAACAAGCGUCUACAUCUUCGCCGAUUGGCGGAAGCGACUCGCCGGCCAUCAGAUGGACAACUAUAGCGGAUCACACGGAUUCGCAUCACAGCAGUGUUGGGUCCGGAGCAUCCAGCGUGGGACCGGUCGGCGGCAUCGCGAGUCCCGCAUCUUCGCCCGCCACCGCAAACAGUGUGUCGGUAGUACACAAAGAAGAAGACACGUCUAGAGAUGAUGUUCGUACUGAAAUGGAUGAGGACGAAGACAACGUGGAUGAUUCGAGAACGCGCGGGGACAGGCGUGCCGCCGCACACGCGCAAUACGUGUCUGUCAAUUGCGUGGUGUUCACCCACUACAGCGGUGACGUUGCCGCCGUAGUAGACGAACAUUUUUCCAGAGCGCUAAAUAGCGAACAGAAACUCAAUAACACCCAUCAGACAUCGACCAAAGAUACUUCACCAAUGACCUCCAGAAACUUCCCAGCAUCGUUUUGGAACAGUAACUAUCACUCACAUCACUCCACUAGUCAAGUGUAUCAUCCCGACACAAUGUACCAUCACCAUGGUACUGCUGGCAACCCUGCGGAUCCGUGGCAGACGCAUUACCAACAAUACACGGCAGCGGCUGCUCAUCACCAUCACAGGGCCGUACACGAUUACCAUCACCACCAUAACAUGGCCGCCCAAUACGGCAGCCUGCUACUGCCGCCGCCGACUUCCAGGCUGGCGCCACCACCGCCACCGCCGCCACCGCCACCGCCGCCGCCAUCUAGUCACCCGCACCCUCACCAGUAUCACGGUAAAGCAGGCAUGGAGCCGUGGCCCAACAGCGCUCAUCAUCCAGCUUUGGAUACCGGAGCGUCGUACUCGUCAUAUCCUACUGUUCCAGGCCUAGAAGCUCAAAUGCAAGAGACGUCCAAAGAUCUAUAUUGGUUUCAAUAAAAAUAGUUUUUACUUUCGUUAAAAAUGCAAUAAUAUGUAUAAUUUUUUGUUGUUAAUAUUUAAAUCGAUCGUUUUUACUUGUAGGGAAAAUAGUUUGUCACUAAAUAAACGUGAACAACAUUCUGCUUAGGAAUAAACCAAUAUUAUCUAUUGUUAUCGGUUUUUUUUAUGAAAUGUAAUCGUAUAAAUUUAAUGACGACCAUUGAUGUAUAAUAUAAUAAUAGUUAUUA